GCUAACUUCGCAAAAGCUUGUCGAAAGGCGGCAAAUAUUCUCGUGUAUACAUGAUGCCGAAACACUGAUAUUCGACACAGAUAAUUUCCUGUUGAAUAUUGGCAUACCAUAAGUGCAAUUAUUCCUGUCGUUUUCAAUAAUUUAGUGCUUCCCGUAUUGGACAAUGAACAUGAAUCUGGAGGAACAAAAAUUGCUACGGCGCAAAACAAAAUCCUCGGACGCGCAAAAUUUCCAGCAGCUUGCCGAUACCUGUAGCAAAUUGGGUGAAAUGUACAGCGACAGGGGCGAGCAUCGGAAAGCGCUGAACGAAUACAAACUGGUAGCCAGUGCGUACAAGAAAAUGAACAUGCAGAUGGAGUACGGUCGGGCCAAUCGGUUGGUGGGGGAGAUGUUCAUGCUGUUGGCCGAGUUCGAUACGGCACUGCGUUAUGAGAAAAUUUAUUUGGAAAUGGCCACGAAAGAGGGCGAUAAGGUGGAACUCCAGCGGGCGCAUGUCACCAUUGGGAGGACAUAUUUGCUUCAGGGUCAAAAUUUAGAUGGGACGGAAGCGGCGAAAGUGCCGCUCGGAGAGGCAGAAAAAGCAUUCCUGAAGAGCUUGAGACUGAGUCGGGUGCUGAAAGGAGUUGGAAAACUCGAACAGUUUGAUAUGGAGGCAAGAUCGUUGUUGAAUCUAGGGGUAACCAAAGAGCAUCAGGGCUAUCUCGAGGAAGCUAUUGAUUACAUGCAAAAGGCUAUGAAGAUUGCCAAGAAUAAUGACCUUUUGGAACUGUUGCAUCAGUGUUAUCAUUCUUCGGCUCUGCUGUUCAACAUCAAGCAGAACAACUAUGCGAGAGCUUUGAAAAUGCUCAAUGAAGCUCUCGAAGUGGCCUCUAGGCUGCAUAAUAAAUCUUCCAAAAUGUGCGAAACGUUGCUAAUCAAAUCGGAUGUUUUGAUACGGAUGGGAGACUUCCAAAGUGCGAAACAAGCGUUGAGGAAAGCGUACAAACUGAAAACGCCGGUGGUAUCGGAUGCGGAAAAUGUCGAGCAUCAGCUCAGGGCCGUUAUUGCGCUUUGUCGGGUUGAGGAUGAGCUCAUCACUGUCGAUAGCACCGAUUAUGGAAAGAAGAAGCUACUUUACGAACGGAUGGGAGACGGUGCUUGCAAACUCGAGAACUUUGGAAAAGCGAUAGAUUUCUACCUGAAAAUGUUGGAGUGCGCUCAAUUGAAUGAGGACAACGAUCGGCAGCUGGUUCCCAUUUAUGUCAGUUUGUAUCAAACGUACAAAGAUAAUAAGCAGUACGAAGAGGCGCUUGUUUAUCUUUGGAAGGAAUAUGAUAUUAUUAAGGAUAUUCCCAAAGAAGCGUUCAAUACGCUGGCGGGCAUUGCGGAAGUGUACGAGGAACAAAAUAAGUCCUGUUUCGAAAUCGAAGACAUUUAUCGUAGAGCUCGAGAGGAAGCUAAAAAAAUUAGAUCAUUGAAAUUGGAACGCUUAGCAAUCAAGCGUUGUAUUGAGGUUCUUAAGAAAAACGAAAUGGAUUUGAUGGUAGAGAAGCUCGAGAAGGAUGCCAAAGACUCGGGAAUCGAUUUGGCGUUGGAAGAUGACGAUGAUGAUGAUGAUGCGAACAAUGACUCGGAGGAUGAACAGAACGCAACGGAAACCUCCAUCGAAUUCCACAUCAAUUCCCCGGAUAUUGGUGAGGACGUUAAUCUCUCCGACCUUACGGAUUCAGAUGAAGAAAUUACCAAAGCAACAGAAAAAACUGUGGAAUCCCGAAGCAUUCGCAAGCGCGGGACAUCCUUUCAGAUUCGAAGGAACAAUAAAGGCGAAACACAGCUGCAUCAAGCGUGCAUCAGUGGUAAUAAACUUCUGGUUCAGAAGCUUUUGGAGCAAGGGCAUCCGGUCAACAUUCGGGAUCACGCCGGUUGGCUUCCGUUGCAUGAGGCCUGCAUUCAUGGACACAAAGAGAUCGUUGAAAUGCUCCUGGACCGAGGGGCACACAUCAAUGAUAAGGGUGGAACCAGUUGCGAUGGGAUCACCCCACUUUACGAUGCCUGCUGUAACGGAAAUUUGGAGAUAGUUGAGCUUUUGUUAGAUAGAGGCGCAAAUUGCACUCAACGAACGGAUUCGGGUGAUACCACCGCAAACAUUUUGGAGGUGUGGUUUAAAGGCGUACGAGGAAAACUUGAGGACGCGGAUAUUGUUUAUUACAACACCAUUCGUGAUAGAAUUGUUGCAUGCUUUGAAAAAGUCGGAAUAAACCCGAAUAACCCGCAGAGUAUCGAACCAGAAGUCAUCACUGAAACAACCCGAUCUACCAGGCGUCGAGUUAAUCGUGCUGGUGGAUCCGAUUCUAGUUCGGAAAAAGCUGAAACCAGCACAAUUUGUACCGUCACCAGCAAUCGGAGCUCGGGCUAUGGAAGCAUAAAAGAUGUUUCUCAAAACUCGGCUCGUCGGAAACGUCUUCCAAGUAUGUGUUCUGAUUCAUCCGGACUAUCUUCCGAUUCAGAAAGCGACCCAGAUGAGUUCAAUCGAUCGUCGCUCCAAGGGAAGCACUCUCACAAUGCGUCGGGAGUGGAUGACUAUAGGAACGCGAUGCAAAUUCUGCGAAAGGGCACCACUGUUCGGGCACAAAUUGUGUCCCCUCUGAAAGAUCCAAAUCCAGGGCCCGCAAAGCGGGCUGCCCACAUGGGACAGCAGGAGGUUGGCGAUGACUGGCUCGAUGAUGAUCUCGGUCCGAAGAAAAAGCGUCAGAAAUUCACCUCCGAAAAAGAUUAUGCCGAGCCGAAUAAAAUCAACCGAACGGCAUCGCGAAGAAGUUUCGAGCCAGAACCGACGUCUCCGCAGAAAAGUUCCUGUUUCCCGAUCCAGGCCAUCGUUUCUAACGCUCUGGACUAUGAUUCCGAUGAAAUUCCGCUGGCCGAGGAAAACGAGUUGGCUUCAGCGGGCGAUUCUGCUUCAGAUGCUCACCGCAUAUUGAUGAACGCUUCGGGAAGAAGUUUCCACCGCAGACCAACCGGUCAUAAAAGGGCGUCUAGGUCGAAUUCCAGUGCAAGUCUUAGAAAUCAAACAUCGCUACUGGAGGCAGGGUUCAAUAUGUCGUCACGAUCGGACAGUCCCACGAUUGGGCUGAUGGAGGAGAAUCUACUAUCGCCGACUAAAAGUAACAGCGGCCAGAGAACUCCGCGUAAAUGUGGCGCAGAGCUUGGGAAGAAUACGCCAACGAAAGUGCUUCCCCCUAACAUGGUGCGCGUGAUUGUGGAUGGUGAUCCGAUCGAUAUUUGCUAUGACGAGGGCCGGAUGCUGGAACUGAACGUUGGAUGGUUGAUCAAUGAAGUUGUGAAACGUUAUGGCAUCAAACACGGAAAACGGCCUCUCAUCAAACUCCUACGCACCGACGGUGGUCUAUGUGUGGACUCGGAUCCGCUGACAACGUUUCUAGGCGGCAACGAUCCCAUCAUCACUUCCUAUGUCAUUGAAUAUGAACGGUUGAGGGCCGAUCAGUUCUAUGAAGAUUAUUCCAAGCAUCGUGAUGUAGAACUUCUAACCGACAUGUUUCAAGCAUUGGUCACAUUGGAGAACACCGAUCAGCUUUUACUGCGUAGAGAAUUCUUCAGCGGGAAACCUCGUCAGUGGGAUGUUCUUUUUCAAGCUCUAGCCUACCAAGGCCGGGUCAAGGUACUUGAUUUGUCCUUCAAUCAGUUAGCGGAUUCAGAAUUUCAACCAUUCAUCGAAAAACUACCCUCCCUCAAGUAUCUGGAGAAACUCAGUCUCUCGAUGAACCACAUUAGCCACAUAGGUAUGUACAAUCUGUCUACUUUGAUAGUAGCGAACCCUGACCACGGGACGAGUUCGCUUUCCGCCCUGACACACCUGACCGAGCUGGAUCUCAGUCAGAACCCGCUUCUCGAUCAAAGCCUACUCGUGCUUACCAGGGUGUGUCAGCAUCUGAUGCAACUCAAAGUACUUCGGCUGACAGCCACUGAAAUCACGAAUCUUACUUUCGCAACGCCCCCAAUGGACAUUGCCCGGCUUCAGGUGUUCGAUGUCUCCGAGAAUAGGCUGAACAAGAAAUCGAUUGAUUAUAUGUUUAGCAAGUUGAACACCAAAAUUUUAACCGAAUUCAAUUUGAAUGCGUUGGGUAAGCUGAGAGACUUCAAACCGGCGCUCACCGCGUCGAUCCAAUCCUGCGAUUUUGAUAUGUUGCGGAGUUUGAAUUUGAGUAACUGCGAUCUGACCGAUGCCGAUCUCAGUGCCAUCAUCUUUUCGCUGAAGACAAGCGCCGAGAAGCUCAAGCAUUUGGAUGUUUCUUUCAAUGCCAAGUUAACGCUGAAGAGCCUUGUCGACGUCUUCCAGAGCUUCACUGAUCGCUCGUUGGAAUGUGUACGUUUCGUGCAAAAUUUCUUGGUUCUGAAACAGUUGGGUGAUAAUUUGAUCGAGAUGAUUCGGUACGAGCCGGACAAUUGUUAUCCGCAUCGGGUGGAACUGAUGCAACCUUUGCGACUAACUGAACAAGAGCUAGAGAAACUGCGGUGGAAAGUGAGCGAUUUUUGGAAGCGCAUCUGGAGCAGUCGUGCGGUAGUGGAGUUUCAAGGAAUGAAUGUGAGUUUGUUUGUGCAACACUAGAGCGCGGACGGCGGGGAUAUUGUGUUAUAUGCAAUAAAUUAUGAUAACGCAUUCUUUCCAGUGGAAAGAUGAAACACGCUAUAGAGGAGAAAGUGGUUGAUUAUUUUCUGAAAGAAACCCCUGUGGGCAAAUGAUAUCGACGCACUUUGGUUUUUGAAAAUGUGUUUAUCUUAGACAUAUACCACCUUGUAAUUUCAAAGCUAGAGAGGGAGAGAAAAUUUUGAUUUAUUAGUAG